AUGGCUAGUGACAUGCGUAGUCUACCAAGUUCUUUCCAUUUUGCCAGUUUGACAGGUCUUCUUGGAGUUUACGGCAGUCAGUGUUUGGACUUAAAACUGAGUUGCGUCCUUGUAGUAUUAGCUGUUUGUUCAAGUCUUACUUUAGCGCAAAGAAAGACCACAAUUACUGGGGAUUUGACCAAGGACAAAGAUUUAACAAGGGUGGAUCUAGGAAUUUCCCAUCAACGUGGAAAAUGGGGUUUUGACGGAUCAGGAUUCGGUACAUCAAGAGGACACAGAGGAGGAAGUUUGGGGAUAUCACACAAACGUAAAAACUUUGAAUUUGGAGGAUCAGUUUUCGGUGACAAUCGGGGAAAUCGAGGUGCAAAAGUGGGCUUCAAAUGGAAGUUUGGAAAGAGAUCUACAGCAUGGAACGGUGAACAUUUUGAAGUUCGAGUUAUCGUAAACCAUUGUGACUUCGAUGUUUAUGAUAUAAAUGAAGACAGUGUUAUCACAGUUGACGAGAUAAAUGAAUUAUUUCCCCAAAGAACUGAUGCACAUAGGUUGUUCAAGGCGCUUGAUUCUACAUCAGUUGAUGGUAAAGUGACAAUUGACGAAUUCAAGAUGAUGGCUCCACAAGUUAUAAAGAAAUGUGGAUAUAACAAGUAUACGUAUUAAUGAUGGUUCUUGUAAAAUAGAUAUACAUGAAGCGAUAGUGAUAGUCAUACAUGUAAAUAAAUUGUU